AACAAUUGAACUUUAUAAUUUGGAAGUCGACCUCACCAUGGAUAUGGAUGUCACAACUUCUGGAUAUUCUAACAGGACGGACGGAAUGCUUUUCCCGACGGAAGAAAAGGAAUACAGAGUGUCAUUCCAAGAGCAGAUGAAAAGAAGAAAGGAAGCAGAAACUAAAUGUAAAUUCCUGAUCCAGGAGUUCAGACCCACUGCAGAUUUGACAUGCCCGCCAGUCUGGGAUCACGUGACCUGUUGGAAUGCUACAGAAGCUGGUGUCACUGUUAAACAGCCGUGUCCCAAUUACAUACAUAAGUUUCUUUUACACGGAUUUGCAAGGAAAACCUGCACAGAUAACGGUACAUGGUAUAUCCAUCCUGUCUACAACAGAUCAUGGACGGACUUCACUGGGUGUAUACCCCUAGAAAAAAGGUGGCAAUCUAUAAAUCCCCAUCUCGACCGCAUACAGAUCAUGUCUAUUGUUGGUUACGCAGUAUCUCUGGUGUCUCUAAUCGUGGCUGUCGUUGUUCUUCUUCAACUCAGAUACAGAGCUAUUUUGAAUUGUAAAAGAACUCGAUCUAAAAUCACAACACUACAUAUCAACAUGUUCCUCAGUUACAUCUUGCGAGCAGCCGCUUCACUACUGAAGGACUACUUUCUGGUGGAUGGCUUUGCCCUCCCCAAAGAUAUUCUGCACAACGGAGAACUGUUGGGACUCAAGGACGAUGGUCCGCACUGGGAGUGUAAGCUCCUGGUGAGUUUCUUCGUUUACACAUUAGUGGCCAGUACCUUCUGGCUUACUAUGGACGCUCAUGUUCUGAGAAAACUCAUCGAUAAAGAUCCCUGGUACCUCGAAAAGAAAAGAUACACACGCCUGCACAUUGCCAUAGGGUGGGUUGGGCCUUUGGUAAUUGUUAUCGCAUGGGCUCUUUUUCGAACUUUUGCAGAAGAUUAUUUAUGUUGGAAUACUAAUCCACGACUAUGGACUGUGUGGAUUUACAGAGUACCCAUUAUUUUUAUGAACUUGGCAAACUUCCUGUAUUUUAGCAGGAUUGUGACGUUCAUGUAUAAAAGAGUGAGAAGAAAUUGUUUGAAAAGGAAAACCAAUAAUAACAGAGGGACUAUAUUAAAGAUGACCAAGCACAUCUGCAUCUUAAUUCCACUGUUUGGGGUCCCCUAUAUCAUCUUUACUAUCAUGUCAUUUUUCUUUGAUGUCGCUUACCUGUAUGCUGAAAUGUUCUUCAGUUCAUUCCAGGGUUUUCUGUUGUCUGUCACGCUAUGUUUCACGGAUAAAAGAGUGGUCCAGGAAGUCCGACAAAUUGUCUCACGAUGUGUUCGUACUCAACCAAAGAGAAACAUCGGUAGAAAGGUGUCCCAAUUCUCUACAACUGGUAAAACACUGGGGUCAGAUGUGUACUAGUGAAAAAUAACGUCAGAUGUGUAGUAGCGAAAAAUAACGUCAGAUGUCUACAGGUGCACACUAACGUCAUAUGUCUACAGGUGAACACUAAUGUCAUAU